AUGGGGAAUACCCGAUCUGUUAUAUCAUGUCCUAUAUUUGUCGUAAUCGCGGGUUCACUGUGUUCUACAACAGCGAUCGAAAUAAAGCAGAAUAUAAUUGACUUUAAAUUUGAGCAUAAAAAUUUGGGCAUUUUAUCUACUCUUCGCGUCGGUCAUAAUGAAAAAGAUAUGCAAAGUGGUCAACCUAAGUGGUUUUUAGAUUAUAUAUUGGUUCGAAAUGAAAUAACAGGACAAUGUUAUCGUUUUAACUGUUGCCGAUGGUUUGGCAAAGGUGUUGAUGAUGGUUCAUUGGAGAGAUUGCUUGUUGCAGAAAAAUUGCCUCAAGUAGAUCCAGAUGCAGAUAUUUUGCCACAAAAUGGUUAUGUUGAUCGGCAUAUCAAAGGAUACUCUCGUAGCAGGACUCCUCCUCGCACGCGUUCGCCAAGUACUGGGAGAUCCGAUUCAGCAAAUUUAAAAUCCAGUUUGUUUUUAGCUUAUGCUUCGAAUUUAGGUGAAAUUCUUACUGGAAAUCAUUCAGGAACACGAUUGACCGAAAUUCAGCAGUUACUAGGAGAGGCAGUUAACGCAAUCGUCAAGCACUUUUAUAAUGGAGUUGAAGCUCGAAGCGAACUUACACAACUAUUAUGUGCUCCAGACAAAGGUCUCGUGAGUGUGAUGGUUUCUGUCUUUUUGUAUGGUCGUCAGGACUCUAUAUGGUCAACAAGAUUUUUCCGCCAGCAGUUUCCGUGGGAUUAUGUUGAAAAAGUUUUUAUUUGGUUUUAUGAUUUAUUGCGUAUGGAAGACUCAAAACAACUAACUCAAGAACAACGAGCGCUCAUAAUACACGCCUGUCGCCUCGUUAGACGUAUAUCGAGUAAUUCUUCACUCGGGAAAGAUGGAAAAUUCCAACUUUUUAUAAUUACUGCCAUACGUUGCAGUGAUCAUGUACUUUCCGGCUUGCUUCCAUUAAUGGCUUGGACUCCAAUUACAGCUCAGUUGUAUGAAGAACUCUCUUUUUUGCGCACACCGCACUACCUGAAUUAUCUAUCAAAAUUAUUAAACUCUCUCAAUGAAUAUAACUUUGACCUCGAGAAAUCAUUGACUUAUGGAAUAGAUUAG